AUGGCCGAUUACUUCCGCCGAUUGGCCUCACAUGCUGCCCUCAAUCGUUUGGCCAUCGUUGAUCCAGUCUCGUCGCAGUCAUCGUCACCAGAGACACAUAGCUAUGCUCAACUCCUCUUGCGUGUCAAUGUCUUUCACGAGAGACUCAUUGCUGCCGCGCAGGAAUCACAGAGGCUGCUUGAGGGCGCAAGGGUUGGAUUGAUGGUGCCUCCUGGACUAGACUUUGUUGCUGCCUUGCUAGCUAUAUGGAGCGUCAGGGCAAUCGUGGGUAUGACUAGUCGCACCGCACUGCGUCAUGCCUGUGGCAUGGACUGA